AUGGGCAGGAGCCUGCAGUCGGCCGCAUCGGCACAGAGCAGGAAGGAGAAGCGCGUCCUCAAGGUGAUCAAAGAAGGAGCCGGCAAGUCGGCCAAGGGCCCCGAGGGCCUCUCUGGCAAGUACGUCCCGAAGCGCAGCCAGCGAGGCGAAGGCCUGAAGUUCCCACUGGAAGUCUAUCAGCAGAUCGGCAGCUGCAAGCCGGGUACGCUGAUCAAGUACGCUCCCAAUCCGAAGACAAAGGGAUCCAAGAGCUUCUCUCGAUAUGCCAAGUAUGAGAAGUCCAAGACCAUCGGCGAGAGCAUCAAGAACGGAACCAAAGUUGCCGAUCUGCUGUGGGAACUCCAACGUGGCUACCUCACGAUCCUCGGAAGCGAGCGCGCAGAGAAAGCAGAGGUGGCAGCCAUCGGACAAAAGGCCUUCGACGAGGCCAUCUACAAGCUCAGUGCCUUCAAUGGUCCCAGAGGUAUUGCUUUUGAUAUUCGAGACGAGCGCGCCGCCGCCCAGCAUCGGCUGGAUGAGGAGUGGCGAACGAAGAAGCUCCAGAAAUGCGAGCGUGUGGCCAGGGAGCUAAAGCUGCAACCCGAGUCCACAGAGCAGAUCGAAGCGAUGCACAUCCCAGAGGACCGGGACCUCCGAUUCGAGAGGCGAGUCUGUGAUGCUUGGUGCCAGAGACAAAUCCAGAAAGCGGAGAAAGAAAAGCGGAAGGUGACUCACAAGGAUGUCGAGGAAGCGUUGAGCUUGUGGGGCUUCGGCCAAAAUGCAGGGCGCCUCAACGUUCUGCAGAAGGGCCAGAAGUACGCCUACUCCGACACGUUAGGCUGCAUUAGGAGGCUGAGCCGUGGCAUCGGCGUCACCGAGGUGACCAAGCGGUAUCCGAACUUUGGCCGUCUCCUAUGCAGAUGGCUCAAAGAGAAUUUGCCCAAUGAGGUGAAGGGGAAGUUUGUCUGCUCGGCCAUCAAUCUGAACGCCAACUACGCUGCAGUGCUGCACCGUGACGGGAACAACGAGGGCCCAUCCAUCAUCCGGGCAUUUGGCAACUUCAAAGGUGGAGCUCUUCGGUACUGGCCGAAGGAUCGCAAGCCAGCGAAAGCGAAAGCAGCGGUGAGGCCCAAGCUCGAAACGCUGCAGCGGAAGGACUCGAAGGCCUUCGACAUCUACCGCCGCACGCUGGUCUUCGAUGGAACUCGAGGACAUUCGGUGGAGCCGUUCCAAGGUGUCCGUUAUUCCGUCGUUUUCUUCACCUGCAUGGGAUAUGGCAAAUGCAGCAAGACCGACACUGCCGCCCUGAAGAAGUGGGGCUUCCCUUGGCCAAGUCCGCCGAAGAUGAAGGAGUUGAAGAAGCUCGCCUUCUCUGGUGAUGUCUAG